AUGAAGGAAGACAUUAUUGAAAGCAGCGAGUAUUCAGCUUGGAACAGAUAUAAUGACGACCUUGGUGACGACCAUGGUGACGACCAUGGUGACGACCAUGGUGACGACCAUAGUGACGACCAUGGUGACGACCAUGGUGACGACCAUGGUGACGACCAUGGUGACGACCAUGGUGACGACCAUAGUGACGACCAUAGUGACGACCAUGGUGACGACCAUGGUGACGACCAUGGUGACGACCAUAGUGACGACCAUGGUGACGACCAUGGUGACGACCAUGGUGACGACCAUGGUGACGACCAUGGUGACGACCAUGGUGACGACCAUAGUGACGACCAUGGUGACGACCAUGGUGACGACCAUGGUGACGACCUUGGUGACGACCAUGGUGACGACCAUGGUGACGACCAUGGUGACGACCAUGGUGACGACCAUGGUGACGACCAUGGUGACGACCAUGGUGACGACCAUGGUGACGACCAUGGUGACGACCAUCGUGACGACCAUGGUGACGAAUAA